AUGACUGAUACACGAUCACUUUCAACAUCAUCUUCCGCAACAUCAAAUAAUGUUAAUAAUACAACAAAUUUGACUUCAUCUGUAGUACCUGAUCUUGAUAAUAUGAAUAAUUUAACAACAUAUAUAAAUACAAUAUUUCGUCAAAUGGAAGAAAAAUUCAUGACUGCUAGUGAACAAGUUAUGAAUCGUAUGAAUGAAUUAGGUCGAAGAAUUGAUACACUUGAAACAAAUAUUAGUGAUAUUAUGUCACAUUUACCAACAGAAGAAUCAAAUUCAACAAUACAACAGCAAACAAAAUCAUAA